ACAAAGGCACUGGCAUAGGACAAGGGAGUGGUUUCGGCAAAGUGGCACGAGCGGACGAGCCCACGUCGCGCGCGGCCCCGGAUGCGCGGCCUCCGCGGCGACGGAACGGGGCGCGCCGCGCAGCCACGUCGCGCCCGCGGCUAUAUAAAUGCUCGUGGUCGCGGUCUCGAGGCCGUCACCAGCGCCGACGACCCGCCCAACCGGCAACCGCUCUCUCCCGUCUCCACUCUCCAGUAGAGCGCCUCUCGUCACUCGUGCGUGAGAUGGAGCAGGAGGAGGCGGGGGAGGCCGGCGUACGGAAGCGGAAGCGCGACACCGACGUGGGGGUGGAGAUGGGAGGCGGAGGCGGCGGUGCGUACGAGAAGGACUUGCUGGAGGAGGGGUGCUACGAGGGCAUCGCGGAGGAGGCGGUGGAGGAUGUGAUGCGGUGGCUGGAGGCGGAGAUCUCGGACGCGCCGGCGGCGGCGGAGGCGGAUGCGGGGUUCGUGACCAUCAACGGCAACGAGGAGAGCUGCGGCCCGUCCUUCUCCGCCGCGGCGUCCACGGUCAUGGCCUCCGUCGACACGCGCGCGGGGGCUCCGCCCCCGUCGCCCGUGCCCUGGCCGUGGCCGCAGCCGCAGCCGCAGCCGCUCCCGGAAGCGGCGAAGCAGGAGGAGGACGUGGAGAUGGGCGAGGCCGACGAGGAGUGGCUGGCGCAGCUGCUGACCUUCGGGCCCGCGCUGGAAGUGGAAGGGGUUUAGCUUAGCAUAGUACUCGUACUACUGGCGGGGUCGCUCGCUUUAGCCUUUCUUGGACGGUUGUGCAGUGGGAAUGGGACGCGGGGUGGGUGGUUCGUUUUGGCGCGGUCGCUUUCAAGGCCCGCCGUAUCGGUAUCAGCACAGCACCGUAUGGGCUGGGCUGGGGCAGGUGCAGGUGCAGGUGCAGGUCAGGUCGUGUUUCACAAAUCGAAUGGACAAGUUCAUAGUGGUCGAUCGAAAUCGAUAUGCUUGCCUGUAGAUGGAGAACCAACGUACGAGAGUACGUGCACACCCAAUCCGUCGGCGUCAAUCGACGUUGCGCCGUGCCGCUGCCGCCCGGUCCUGUCCCGACCGCGUCCUCGCCUCGUGCCGGCCGCGCUGCUCUCUCUCUCUCUGAUCGAUCGAUUCGGGGGCUCGUACGCGCGUGCCCUGUAACUGCCGUGCAAUUUUUAGAUUUUGGUUCUUUUUAAAACAUUUUUCU